GGCACCUCCUUCCGCACGGUUAUCGUGGCGAACUUGAGUACAGUGUUCUGUAACUCCACUUGACGUCUUUUCUCUCUCUCCAAUGUCUUGUGUUUCUCCGCCCCUUGUAUUCGUUUAAGAGCAUAAAUUAUUUUCUGUCACGAAUGAGAGCUGGGUCUCCGCAAACGAACGCCAUCAUCCAUCCACAGUCACACGAAAUCUUGCGGUUAGCGAGUCGUUUGCAACACGAUUUGCACGGGUAGAGUUCACGCUGCAUUUACACACCGCAUUAUAACGCCUUUGUCCUUAAAACCCCAUUCUUAUCCCAUGUAGAAAGGCUUUCUCGGUGGUCCUGUUGAGUUCACUUUUCCUCGCCCAAAAAUCCACCGGCUUCGGCCAAUCCGAUCAUCCGGAUUAAGCUUCUGCUGGCAGAAGUGCUCCACGACAUCCGAUCCCCCCAUCAUUGCCAAUCUGAAUCGAAAAUGCCAGCGGUUCCGGAGGCAUUGGUGCACGGGACUGGCCUGGCUUUGGAGCACUUUGAAUCUGCAGUAUCGCUUGCUGAGCGAGAGGUAGUGGAUGCCGUUUCUGGUCUCGUUCGACGCAUCAACAUUCCAGUCAACAGCACAAGUCCGUCUGGAUUAAUCGAAGCCAACACCCGGGAUCCAUGGAGCCAGAGCGGAAAAUAUGCAUUGGCAUACGUAUGGUUUUGCAUACCUCUACUUACCAUCGCCGGACUACUGCGAUACUACCGCCUCUUUACCGACAAGAUUAGGACUGUGCUCCACCAAGAAGAGGUAUUGAAAUCCUCGGCAACCUCCUCUCCAGAUACCGAUUACGAGUUGGCGGUCAUGUACACUGACAAGUCCACAAAUAAGUUCUUUCCACGUGAAGGCCCUUUACCUGGCCCACCGAAAACGGAAGCAUCGGUUUCCUCGAUAGGACCUAUCAACAAUUGCAUCGCUCUCUUCCGGUUCCUUUUCUAUCGGCCAAUUCGGCAAUUCCAAGUUAAAAAGGGAUGGAGGCCAAUCAUCUUCCCUUCCUUGAGCGUCAGCGUCAUUGUGUCAUUGGCAUUCAUCUUGGGCAUCCUCUACUGUUUUAUUCCGCAACCGUUAUUCUGGCAGAGCAUCGCUUUUGGAUCCCCACCUCUUGCGAUUCGGUCUGGUAUGAUGGCUGUGGCGCUGAUGCCAUGGGUGGUUGGGCUGAGCAUGAAAGCCAACAUCAUCACACUUAUCACCGGCAUUGGCCACGAGCGACUGAACGUGUUGCAUCGUUGGGCCGCUUACUUAUGCCUCUUUCUCAGCAUAAUCCACACUGUCCCGUUCUAUAUUACCCCAGUAUGGGAUGAGGGAGGUCGAGCCGUCUUUUUGAGCCUCUUCGCACAUGAGGGGUUCUACGCAUAUGGCACAGGAAUUGCUGCGCUCGUCCCACUAGCCUUCCUUUGCAUUCACUCUCUCUCUUUUCUCCGCCAUUGGAUGUAUGAACUCUUCGUCACGCUUCACGUCCCUGUCGCCAUCGUCUUCCUCGGAAUGAUAUUCUGGCACUGCCACAACUACCUCACGUCCUGGAACUAUCUUUUCGCAACCCUUGGUAUCUGGCUAGCAUCUUACCUAAUGCGCCUCUUCUACCUGAACUGGACGAACCCAUUUCGAAUGUCAUGGCUGAUUGGCGACGAAGCUGCAGUAACAAUCAUGCCUGAAAACGCCAUCAAGAUUACUAUCCCGACUCAAAUGAAAUGGAGGCCAGGACAGUACGUUUAUCUUCGCAUGCCCGGUAUCUCGGUUUUCGAAAACCAUCCUUUUACCAUCGCUUCCCUGUGCAGCGAUGACUUCCCCUCUGAAUACGGCGAGGGGUAUAGGGAUAUGGUCCUUGUUUUCCGCCCUUUUGGGGGUUUCACAAACAAAGUGCUCAGAAGUGCUAUCGAGCAUGGUCCCUGGCACACCUACCGAGCCUUUGUGGACGGCCCCUAUGGCGGUAUGCAGCGGCGCAUCGAAGCCUUCGAAGACGUUGUGCUCAUUGCUGGAGGAAGCGGUAUCACGGCUAUUAUCAGCCAACUCCUGUCUCUCAUCAAGAAGAUGCGAGAUGGCAAGGCUGUAACAAAAAACGUGCACGUCAUCUGGGCUUUGAAACGUCCUGAGACCAUGGAAUGGUUCAAAGAAGAACUACGUAUUUGCCGGGAAUUCGCGCCCCCAGAUUCAGUGACAUGCCAGUUCUUCAUCACGACGGCAAAGCGAAUGGCCACGGGUCAUCUUGUCAGUGCCAAAACUCCUACUCGACCUGUAUCACUCUAUUUCCACGACAAGGUUAACGAUGCCUUCCAAAACAUCGCUGAACACCGUGCCUCUGGAAUCUCAUCAAAGCGACACUCAGCACUCAUCCGUGACGAAGCCCAGGGCGAUCCAGAGCGCGAAAAGGAACUUCGCAGAGAAAAUGAAGACGCCAUCACUGCGCUCCCGCAAGCCCAUCUCGUCCCCAUGAACCGCGGCGGCCGCCUCGCCCCACCCAGCACCCACACCGGGGUAGACACUGACAUAAUCUCCCCCGCGCCGCGCUCCAUUUCCGCCCGCCGUCAAGACCGUAAUCUCUCCCUCGACAUCUCACAAGCCGUAGAAGCCGGUACCGGCGCCAUAAACCCCGACAUCCUUAACCCGUCCUCCCCGACCACAGGCGCAUCCAACAUCCAAGCCUUCGAUUUCGGCUUCCCCUCUACACCUACCGAAUUCCAGAAGAACUUAAUGCGCUUCGCCUUCCUGCCCGCCGCGGUCAAAAAGCGCGACGGCUGGUCCACCGAAUACGGCCGCCCAGAUAUACCCUAUACGCUCCGCGAACUGAGUAAAGGGUUUGGAAGGCGUACGUGUGUGUUUGUGUGUGGGCCACCGAGUAUGCGUAUGGAUGUGAGUAAUACGGUUGCGGAUUUGCAGCGCUCGGUUUGGAGUGAUAGUGGGAGGGAUGAGAUUUUUUUGCAUGCGGAGAAUUAUGCUUUGUGAGUAUCUGUGGUGAGCAAGUUUUUCUUAUUUGGGUUGGGUUGUGCAUAGCGUGAUUGGUUGCUUAGGUUUCUUCUGGAUCGGAUCUAUACCCCUCAGUCUCAGUCUUCCCUUAAAUCUUUCUUUGUAAUACUCAUGAUGGGUCAUAACGAUGCGCACCGCAGUAUCGCGCGGUGGGUCGGAAAGACCUAUGCUUCUUUUCUCUUUGUAUAUUUUCUUUGGGGACCGGAGAGUGAACCAAUAGAAAGAUAAGAUGAGGAGAGAUGUACUUCUUCGAUCAGACUAGAGUUGCGAAACUCACAGACAGACAUUCAAUAUAUGUCAG